AUGGCAUCCCGCCGGAGAUCCGGAGGAAUUGGGCUGGAGGCUCCCGUUCGGACCGGAAGCCCUCGGCAGCGGACUGCGGCUCGAGUGAGGAGGCGUGGCCGGAGAGGAGGUGUGCAUCAGCGGCUGCGGAGACUGGGACUCCGCCGCUUGCCGCUCCCUUCAAUUAUCCUCGGCAACGCGCAGUCUCUGAGAAAUAAGGUGGACGAGCUUCAAGCGAAUGUGAAGCAUAUCUCGGAGUACAGGGAUGCCUGUGUGAUCGCUUUAACCGAGACCUGGCUGAAGGAUUAUGAUCCGACUCAAGAUUUUGACAUUGAUGGUUUUGGUCAGCCUUACCGGCUUGAUCGUGACGCACAAAUCACCGGCAAAUCAUUGGGAGGGGGCGUGUGCUUUUACAUUACUGUGUGUGUGUGUGUGUGUGUAGCUGGUGUGUUGUACAGACAUCCCAGAGACUGCUCUCAGGCUCUGCUGAACGGCGACACAUCAUCAGGUCUGUACACCAUCUACGUGGGAGGAGACGAAAACCAGCCCGUCCAGGUUUACUGUGACAUGGGCACUGAUGGAGGCGGAUGGAUCGUUUUCCUCAGACGCCAGAGCGGGAAGCUGGAGUUUUUCCGCAACUGGAAGAAUUACACGGGCGGCUUUGGUGACAUGAAUGAUGAAUUCUGGCUUGGUUUGUCCAACCUUCAUAAGAUCACAGCAGGAGGUCAGUACGAGCUGCGGGUCGACCUGAGAGACAAAGGCGAAGCCGCUUACGCUCAGUACGACAAGUUCUCCGUCUCUGAACCUCGAACCCGCUACAAAGUGCACGUGGGUGGAUACAGUGGAACAGCAGGCGACUCCAUGACGUAUCACCACGGUCGUCCGUUCUCCACCUACGACCACGACAACGACAUCGCCGUCACCAACUGCGCCCUGUCCUACAAAGGAGCGUUCUGGUAUAAAAACUGUCACCGGGUCAACCUCAUGGGACGAUACGGAGACAACAGUCACAGCAAGGGCGUGAACUGGUUCCACUGGAAAGGCCACGAGCACUCGAUCGAGUUCGCCGAGAUGAAGAUCAGACCCUCCAACUUCAGAAACCUGGAGGGACGGAGGAAACGAUCAUAAACAAACCACCACCGACCCCCUCCACUAACAAACAACACCGCUACUUCUCUGUCAGGACUCCACCCCCUUCUCCAAACAACCACCAUGAGCACCCGCCCACAUCCACCCGCCCACCCAGCAGCAACCAAAGCCACUGCCGAGAGCCUCACUGCCUCCACACGUCUCCAGCCGCGAUCUUCCUUCCCUCCUUCGUCACACGGCCGUGGAAAACGACGCAGUGCUGAAAUCAGUUUGCAUGUUUUAAAAAACACAAAAAAAACUGGAAUUCAAAUCAAACCCAUGCAGAUUCGUCUUCACGCACCAAAGAGAGCGGGAACAUCUCGAUGUCACCUCCUUCUGCUCGCGUCAGUCAUGGAGAGGAAGGACGGGAGUGUUUAUGGUUCAGUGUUUGGGUUCAGGGUUUGUUUUUUUAUCGUGAACUGUUUCCACGUACGGUUCUGAUUUAAACAUUCAUCAUCUCAGAUGUGUUCAUGUCUUCACUCGUGUCAGUGUCACUUCUGUCCUCCACAGGUUUCCUUCCCCUCGUCUCCUUCAACACAAGCCAACGUUCGAUGGAAAAAAAUCCCAUAGGAAAGUAUUAAACCGGCCACGUCCCACAUUCUCCCGGAUCUUUCCAUUUAUGCUGCGUUCCAUUUGUAGUCGGAACCCGGGAAUUUCCAAGAUCAUGAUUAGAAACCUAGAAACCCAUUUUUGUCCACACGAGGUGCGCCAACCCCAGCCACAACAACCAUCACUCUCUCACCUACUUUUUUUAAGGUUAAGGUUAAGGGUUUUAAGCCCCCAGAGUUUGGAUUUCCAUCUCAGAGUUAGGAUUCCUUUAGUCUGUAUGGAACAGCUCACUAUUUGGCUGACAAGCUGUUGGUGAAUGUAUGCAAUCACUCAUUAUUUGGCAGCCAGUCUCUUCAAGGAUGAAUUGAACGGAUCAUUAUUUGGCAGUCAGUCUGUUGGUGGAUAUAGAUGCGAGCUCAUUAUUUUGCAAUCAGUUUCUUGGUGGAUCUAUAGAGCAGCUCACUAAUUGGCUCGCCCGGCGUCCAUAAAUUCUCUCUGGAAACGCUGCGAACUCCCGAGCUUCGAUGUAAAAUGGAACGCAGCAUUAUUUCGUAAAUAAGGUAUCACGCUACUUCUACUACCACAGUAUUAUGUUUUAUUUGUUUGUUUUUUUAAAUCUAAAGAGCGUCAGAGGAAAAAAGAGGAAAAGCUUCGAUUGGUCUGCUCGUGUGAACGCGCGCAGGCAGGACCUACAGUUUAUCGCUCGGUUUACGAUGAAACGCGGAGAUUACGCUCGUCUUUUAUCUUGUUUUUUUCUUUUGUUUCUUUGAGAAAUGUGAAUAUAACAGUACAUACUGUAAAUGUGGAACAAAGGGAAUGUUUCGUCGUUGUUGACACAAAAAGAUGUUGAUGCUGAAAAGAUUUAAAAAAAUAAAAUAAUUAAAUUAAAAGAGGAAAAAAAAAGGCCAACUCCCAAAGUCCAUGAUUAAAGUCUCUAUGAUUAUGUUGAUGAAAAACAAUAGGCCAAAACUAGAAAACUAGUUACUGUUAAUAACCCCCGCCCCCACACACCCUGACCCCGCCCUAUGCCUCCGCCCCUGCCCCGCCCCCCUGCGACAGCAGGAUACUAAACCACUGACCUUCUAAAGAAUGCCUGUGUAAAUUAAGUCUGUUUUUAUUGUUUUGUUUGUUUAUAACUGGGUGAACAAGUGUUUCUCUGUAAGCUGUAUUACAAUAAACAGUUUGUUUAAAAGGAAGAA